AAAAAUAUCAAUGAAACUAAACAAAGUUAAAAAAGCUAUCCGACAAAAACUGAAAUUGCAUAUCUGGCAUAGUUAGUAAUAUAUUUACAAACAAGUCAAAUAUAUCGUGGUAUGUGUAUAUGGUGUUCCGGCGGGUUGAUUAGAAUAACUACUUUUAAACACUUUUUUCCCCCGCCAAUAAUUGAAAGCCAUUAUUAACUUAAAAUCCUUUACCUAUUUAUUAUAAUGUUAGAAGCGGAAACGGUGUCUAAUUUUUUUAAAUCAAUUGAUAGUCUUUUGAAGGAAUUUUCAACCAAGAAACUCACAUCGGAAAUUCAUAAUACAUUGAAAGUGUUGUACAGCAGAAUUUCUCAAUGCAACUUGAAGUACAAAAUUAGCUUUGGUGACUUAGUACAAGAACAGCAGAAUGCAUUAAUUUCUCUUCUGCAACAUCUUAGCUGUAUUUUAUGCAAUUCUGUUUACCCUGUGGACUUGUUACUGUUAUGUGGUACUUGUGUUUCUGUUUUAAUAGCUGGUCUAUUUCAUCCUUAUUAUGCUUCAUCCCUUUUUAUAUUCUUAUACUGUUCUUUUGGAAAGCCAACACCAGACUUUCUGCUGGAGAAGGAUGAGAUACAGUUGCAUAAAGUUCUUUCCCUAAAUCUGGUUGAAGAUGAAGAUUUUAUAAACAAUUUGAAUGAUUCUAUGCAUGGAAUGGCUCCUUCAUUCUCACAAAUAGCCGUGUUACAUGGCAUGUUGUCCUAUCAAAAUUCUGAUAUUUUUUUAUUCAGUUCCAAGCUGCAUAAGGAUAUACCAUUUCUUAUAUCAUUGUUUGAAUACAUUUGUUCAAUGUGUUCAUCGCCAUGCUGUUCACAAUAUCAUGCAUUCAGUGUCUUGCUAAGUUGGCUCAAGACAUGUGAAAAGUACCUUCCAAAAGUACUUCAUAGCAAACCAGAAGCAAUAUUUUCUUCAGGCACGUCUUUUGUGGUAACAAAAACCCUCUGUUUAUUAGAAUCCAAUUUGGAAAGCCCAGUGAAGGGCGUUACAACAUUUGUCAAAGAAUGUUAUAGAUUACUUAUUCAUUUGUCCCAAUCUGAAGGAGAAUUGUUGAACAGACAAGAUUUUGAUAUGGUCAAUUUUUUGUUAGACCAAACUAUGAAGUUAAGUUGGCAAAUCAAAGGAAAAUAUGUUAUUCUCUCUGUGCUUCUCCAAUUUGUUGACUAUAAAAAAUACCUUACUAAUUAUCCUGAAGUGCCUAUGGCAGUUGUUAUUAAUAUGAAAGCUGGUUAUGCUUCUUCAGCUGUUUCUGAGGUUUAUAAGUCUAUUGUCUCUGUUAUCAGAAAUACUAAUCCUUCUGAAGAUGUUAUUCUGAAUGAAUGGGGUAGAUGGUGGAAAAAACCUAUUUUGGAUUCUUUAAAUAGUGAGAAUAAAUCCCUUGUUCAAAACGUUGUUAAUCUCAUUCUACCUUGGACCAUGAAAGCAAUACCUAAAUCAUAUGAAUUCCUCUUGGAAAGUGAAACACAAGUUUUUGCUCAGUUGAUAUUACAGAGGGUAGCAAAGGAAUCUGGUGUCCAUUCUCUUCAAGAAAAGGAAAUCAAAAUACUUAUGACACAUUUGCAUCAUUACGAAAUUCGUAUCCGUGCAGAAAUACUCUCUACUUUAUGUUGUUCUUCGAAAAAAUCAGAGGCCGUUUCUGAAGAGGAAUUGAACAUUUUGAAAGACUUCAUUCUGGUUAAUCUUAACAUAGAUUCAACUUCAUUUCAACAACUUCUUCUUGCUCAAAUGAGAACACUGUUGGUCAGAAUAAGAGACAGUUUAGUGCAACAAUACCGUUUGAUGCCGAAAGACAAUCCUGGCAUUUGUUUUGGACAUUCUGAAAUAGAGUUUGUUGACUGGCUUUUCAAGACAUCUGUAAAAAACACACACCCUGGUGCUUGCUUCCAGAGACGGCGUGUCUCCCUUCUUCUGAUCGAUACUAUUUUUGACGUGUUUGUUGUAUCUGUUCUUGGCGGUAAAAGGAAGGAAAAACCAUCAAAAAAAUUUGGAGAUAUUGUGAAAAUUGCCCAAUCUCACAAUUUAUGGUUGUUUCUUAAAGAUGAUUCACUUUUGAAUAUUUUACCCUGUUUAACAGAUUUUACUGAUGAGAUUCGCACCAUUGCUUUUUACCUCCUUGUAAACUUUACUAAAUGGCCCUUGGUAGAAAAUGAGAGCCCUAUUUUUAAACCGCAAUUCAUCCUAAACCAUGCACGGGAUUUGUGUAAUCAUCCUGACUAUCGAAAUAAUGAUGCUGGGUCUCAUCUUUAUUGCCUUUAUUUUAAAAAGUUUUAUGUGAAUGAUGAAAAUGUUGUCAAUUCUAAUGAAUAUUGUUCAGCUUUGGAUUUUCUGAAUGAAAUUAUAGAAUCGACCAAAGAGCAAUUGAAAUAUUCAAAAGAAAACUUUUUAGAUGCUGCUGCUUCAAAACCAAUUCAUGGCUUAUUAUUGGCAUUAGAGUACUGUUUGUCUAGUUUUAACAGAGUUGUGUUCAAGCUCUUCCAAUCUGAAAAGAACAGAACCCUAAAUUUUCUUUAUGACAUUCUGAAUUUGUGUGAUGACAUCAUGCAGUCCAUGUUACUUGUUAUGAAACGUGGUGAUGAUAAAGAAAAUUGUCCAUCAUUUUUGGACAUUGGUCAAGCUCUUGAAAAUGUAAUUAUUUUACAAAGGGACAAAACUCAAUCUAAUCUUGCAAUAGUAGAUCAAGAAGAAAUUUUAGAGAAGCCAACCACUGCAGAAGUAGAACUUGUUUUGUCAUGCUGUUGGCAUAGCAUUAAAAAUAGUUGCUCUCUGUUAUGUGAAGUGUCUACAUACUUUUGUUGUCUCGAACUAGAGACGUUCCAGAAAUUGAAUCAUUUGAAAAGAAUUGCCGAGAUUUUCUCUUCCAUAUUAAUAUCAAGUCGACACAGAGGUGUUGUGGAUGCUUGUAGUUUAGCAUUGAAUAAAUUCUGUGUACAACUGCUAAAAGAAGAGAAACUUCAUGAUGAAAUCUGCAAAUACUUACUUAGUAUGGUAUUUGAAUCUUUAUCUGGUGCUUCAUCAACCUCAGUGACCAGAAGAUCUGCUGGCUUACCAUCGCUUUGCCUUGCUGUAGUAUCAAGUGAAAAGUCUAACAUUAAUAGGAGGUUGCUUCCCUACAUCAUAAAUGCUCUGCUCAAAACUGUGAGCCUGCCUUUGCCAUCCGACACCGAGAUCAGUGACAAAACAGACUUGCCUCAGGCUCAUGCAUAUCACAUACUCAAAGCACUGGUGAUGGAAGCAAGUUUAUCUCAAGCAAUUCUCCUGCACUUGGACAGCCUCAUUCCUGCCUGUGUCUCGGGUUUCUCCUCUACACUGUGGCCAGUACGCAAUGGUGCUUUGCAACUAUUCGGUGUUCUUUUACCUCGUAUUUGUGGUCAGAAAAAAGUAGCUGAAGAUGAUUCUGAAUAUAAUAUGGUUUCAGCAUCAGAAUUGUUCUCUCGAUGUCCAAGAUUAGAAAUGUACUUACUUCAACAGUUGGAAAAAUGUGUCAAACUUCAUAAGCAGGGAAAAUUAAGUUCAGAAUUAAUUCCAAUUUUAUCAAUUAUUGUGAAAUUAAAUCCACCUCAAGAAGAAAAUUGGACAUUAUUUGUGGAAUUGAAGAGUCUAAUGUUAGAACUGUUAGGGAUCCCUGUUUGGAAAAUAAGAGACCUCGUAUCAUCGAUUUUAUCUGUUGUCAUAACAAUUGAAGAUGUUUCUGAAUUAUGUAAAAAUAUCAAACUAAGCUUAGAACAAGGCAAUAUAAAAUGCAAUUUUAUUCAUGGAAUAUUAUGGACAGUUGAAAAGUUCUUUAAGCGAAACAAUUUAUUAGCUGGCAGUGACACUGAAAUUAUUGAUCAUCUGAAAUUGCUCUAUAGAGUAAUUACAAAAGUGCAAGUUCCUAUAUUAAAUGCACAAAUGUUGAGCAUAUUUAUAAUUUUAAAUCAAAGUAAUUCAUAUUGUUCAUUGCUGGAAAUCGUCAAAGAGACUCAAGGUUAUGAAGAAGAAAAUUAUUUUAAAGUAGGUCGAGUACUAUGUGAUAAGAACCUGACUUGGUGUCGAUUGAAGAGCCUCCAUCUUGAUGAGCUUCCUCUCUUCAUUUCUCAACUGACAAAUGUUGAUUUGUUUAUUCAAAUUGAGUGUCUUCACUUUCUCUCUUCUAAACUGUUUCCUAGAGAUAAAAAGGAUUUAUUUUCUCUGAAAGAAUCUUUGCAAGGGAUAUUUGUAUGUGUUGCUUCAUUUGUUCAAAAAGAAAACCAUUACAGUGUUGUUUUAGAAGCGCUGAAGCUCAUCAUUCUCAUGUGUGAAGACUGGAGGAUUGGCAAGUUGAUUCUUAAUUCUGAGGCCACAGAGGCCUUAGAAAAAAGCCUGAUAUACUUCUUAGAAACUAAGUCCAGCCUGUCAGUAGUGGCAACCUCAUUAACAGCAUGGUCAUUCAUCAUCAGAUUUCAUAUUGAAGAAAAUAAUGUUUCCAGACAUUCUUUAAGUUCAUGGAUUAAGCACUUCCACUCAUUUUGUCAUGCUCGAAGCCCUGAUCUGCUGAGAAUGCAGGCUGCUCAUUCUGUCACUGCUCUUGGCAUCACAUUAGACAACCAUCUCAUACAGAUGCUCAAAACUGAUCAUGAAACAGCAUCUUCUUUGCUUAUCAAUCUGUGUGAAGGUUGUUUGCUUCUACUUCAAGAUGAGGACGAAGAUAUAAGAAAUAAAGCUUGUUUCUUCCCAUCAAAUCUUCAACACAAAUAUCCAAUCACAUCUCUGCAGUUUAAUGUAUGCAUUAAUAUCAUUUUAGAGCACAUGUUUGAAUGUCUAUCUUUUCAUGACUAUUUUUUGAAAUAUUUGUGGAAUCGUCUUCAAAAUUAUCCAAGUUUUGUGAAAAUCUUGAGAGGGGCAGAGAAGUCUGUUAAAACAAAUUUGUUUGAACAAGAGUAUGUGAAUGUUUAUGCUGAACCGCUACAACUGCUAUUGAAGCAUCGAGACCUUUUUCUGAAAGCUAUGAAAUCGCUGCAUGAUAAAGAUUAUAAAGCUUGGACUGAUAAUGUUCAGCUGUUCCUUUUUGAUACAAAAACUGAAUUACAAGAUUUGGUACAGUUCCUUUCUGAAAAUGAUUUUUCAAAGCUAAAUCAAAGAUUUGCUUUCCCUCAUCAAGUAUUUUUGGCCUUCAAAAAAAUGUAUUCUGUGAUAGAAGUUUUGAUGUCUUGUGAAGACAUGAUUUCUUCCUCUUCUUCUCUGGCAGUUCUUCGAGAAGCUAUUCUAUGUCAGUGGAAAUCAGUGGAGGCUAUUCUAACUCCUAUCAACCAUUGGUUUCUCAUACAACUGUGAUAUAUGUAUAUAUGUUUUUAAAAUAAAAUAUUCUUACGAAUU